AUGUAUGGGUCGUGGGAUGCUGCGCUACCAAUGUUCGAAGUUGAACGCAUGGAAUGUGUUCUGCUGGAAGAACUCACAGAAGACGAAAAGGUCAGUAUUUUAGCUGAGUAUGCCAAACACAAGGAGACCAAGACCAGUGGUGUCCACAUUUCGGCUAAAGCAAAGGUUAACAAUGUCACUCACACCCUCAAGGCUGUUGAAAAUGAGGCAAGUGGUUAUAAUAGAAUCUGUGCUCUCACCAACUUACAGGCCCAUACAGGCGUAGAGACUAUUCUCUAUACGAUGUGUGGUUCUACAGAUUGCCCACUCUGUGGUGUCAUCUUCACGACCGAAGGUGUCAGCGAUUUUAUGAGUACUGUGAUGAACAUUGACAAUCAAGACCUGGUUGGUAAGAUGGAGGGGUUUGCUGUGCAAGGCAUGCAAGGUGCUGCAAAAAACCAUCAAAAAUGUAGUUCAGCAAUUAUGGGGAGAUCACUAAGGAUCCAGAGGCGAGGAUGCACUGGGCAAACUACUGGCGUAACAGUGGUUCAGCGGUACCUUGUCAUUAUUGAAGGUUGGCUGGACAACAUACCAUUUGUCAACCUCAGCAGUGUCUCCAGCGCUCUCCCAGACCUGGAAAUGCUCUUGCGUAAAUGGGAGUCCCAUGCCAUCCACUGGAGGCGCCUCGAUGAAGAUGAGUAUCAAGCUCUUCUUGAAGAGCGCAAUAAGAAGCUGGAGAGUGGCAAAGUUGCCAAAGAACGCUGCCAGGACUCGUUCCGACAAGGGGAAGAAGGCAAGAAGACCUAUAAGAGUGCUGAAAUGGUUGUAAGCGAUGACGAAGAUGAAACGGCACCAGCUACUGCCUCCACUGGUGUCCCUCAUACCGGCUUAAACACAAUGGCAUCAAGGCCUGCUACUGCCUCCACUGAUGCCCCUUAUACAGGUUCUCCCAAUGAGCUUGCAACUGCCAGUCUCUUUGCUAAUGGAUCCUUGGACAACAUGAUGUUCGGCACACCUGACUUAUCAACUACUGGCGGUCUAGACUUCAACAAUGUUAUGGCGGGCAUCGGGUUUGACAUGAAUUACGAACAAUAUGGAUUUUGGAAUGAUGGCUGGCGCUGA